AUGCCGUCUCGUUCACGUGCGCAAUGGCCGCCAAGCAGGAGGAACAACAGCCGGCACGGCGCCUUUGUAAAGAGAAGCUUGCGGCCGCGGGAGUUCCGCACCAACUAUCAAGGCCUGCACAUCCCUCGACUGAACAAGGAGAGAUUCAUGAACGAAGCAGAGCCGUUGCGAUUCAUUCGCUCGCACACCGAUAUCCCGGUCCCGACUGUGUACUGCGACUUCCAAGAGGACGAAGCCUACUACCUGAUCACCGAGUACGUCGAGGGCGUCGGCAUGUCGGCGCUCUCCGAAGAUGAAAAGGCCACGUCGGCGGGCCAUCCGGGUCUUGUGAUCCCCCCGUACCGAGCUCUGCGGCUUGCAGAUGUUGACGCUUGGUCUCUGCGGCCCGCCGAUCAAGAGGAAUACGUCUUCUGUCAUAAUGAUCUGUCCCAGCAGAACGUCAUCGUCAACCCGGAGACGCUGCAGAUCAAUGCCGUCAUCGACGGGCAAUACGCAGGCUUCUAUCCGCCACGCUUCGAGUGGCCGUUCUUCAACCGGCUAGGUCCUUCCGUGGCCAUCCAUGGUGAGAUUGACGACGCCUCUGAUAUCCUCGAGUUUCUUACUUUGCAGGUGAGAAUCACUUUGCAGCGCGAUGCAGUGAGGAUCGGCUAA